CCAGUUGUGUUCGUUCCCUAGCUAACUUAACUUAAUUCUUGAAUUUGCUGAACAGGGCAACGUUCAUGUGUGUAGCUAAACUAAAACUGUCAUCGUUUUGUAAUAAUUGGAGAAAGAAGUGUGAAUUACAAACCAAGCGUUACAUUUAACGUUGUGCUAAAAUGUACGAGUUGGUGUUAGUCUAACGUUAACAGAACAUCGGUGAAAUAGACAUCGUUUACACAGAUUUUUAUGGCUUUAGUUAAGUUACUUUAAUUGUUAAGCUAUGAAAUACCGCUCUCUACUUUUACUUUUCGUUAAAAAACCUCCCGUGUGUGCCGGGACCAGACCGACCUGCGUCAGGUGGCACGGAAGGAGAGGAGGACGGACGUGCUGAUUCAGCUAUGGGGGGAGCGAAAGGGCACGGUCGGAGAGCUGCUGAGCCUCCUGAAAGAGCUCCAGCUGCUGAGAGCUCGCGACGUCAUCCUCAGCUGGAGUCCUGUAUGCCCCCCUCCACAGAUGGGAAGUAACAAAGUGUACCAGCCUUUUAAGAUCCCCUCCCCUCCCCCAUCCAAGGGAAAACUGGUUGAUGAUCAGGAAACCAGGCCAUUCUGUGACCCAGGACCCAAACCUUUGCCAAGACCUGGCCCUCCACCUUCUUCAGGUUUGUCCAGGGAAAAGGUGGACUGCCCCGAAGCUCCACAGUCUGCACACUUGUCCAGCAAGCCUGGGGAGAACAUACCGCCAUCACGCCACGCCAUGUGUUGGCCAUUUGAAGAGCUGCAGCACGGGACAGACAAUUUUUCAGAAGCGCUGCAAAUCGGAGAGGGAGGAUUUGGGCACGUGUAUCGUGCUACCCUGAGGAACACUGAAUAUGCUGUUAAGAGACUUAAACAGGACUCUCGACUUAACUUGCGGCUGAUGAAGGAGAGCUUCCAGACUGAGGUGGACAAACUGACACUGUACCGACACCCCAACAUUGUGGACUUUGCUGGGUACUGUGUGGGGGGAGGGGAGCACUGUCUGCUGUAUGUAUUCAUGCCCAACGGCUGCCUGGACGACCGGCUCCACAGCCAGAGCAGUGCUGCCCUCUCCUGGACUGAACGUGUUAGCGUGCUGCUUGGGUCUGCCAGAGCCAUUCAGUUCUUGCAUUUGAGCCAGCCACAGCUCAUCCAUGGAGAUGUGAAGAGCUCCAACAUCCUGUUGGGGGAGCACCUGGAACCCAAACUGGGGGACUUUGGAUUGGCUCGCUUCUACCAGAGCGGCCGCAGGACCCCAGGGAAGACCACCACUGUGGCCCAGACGAAGACGGUGCGCGGCACACUUGCCUAUCUGCCUGAUGAAUACCUGAAGAACGGAGAGCUGGGGGUGGAGAUCGAUACCUACAGCUUUGGAGUGGUCAUCCUGGAAAUGCUGACGGGCCGCAGGGCGAUGGAAACGGACAGCAAAUCCAAAACAGUUUUCCUGAAAGAUCUGAUUCUAGAGGGAGAUGAGGAGGAAGAGGAAUCUGGAAGCACAGCGUCUUCCCUGGGGGGUCUGCCAUCCUCCGCAGCCAAGCACAUCUGGACGAAGCACCUGGACCCCCGGAUGGGCCCCACUGCUGCCUCUGCUCUCCAGGGCUCCCUGGAGCUGUCCUGCCUUGCCUGUCGCUGCCUGGACCGCAGGAAAAAGAAGAGGCCACAGAUGAAAGACGUGUAUAAAGUUUUAGAAGAUGUCCACUCACGCCUCAAAGCCUCCAGUCUGGAGUUUUCCACACAUGAGUCCCCAUCUACUCUCCUCAAUCAGCCGCCUCCCCUUCCCCCUCUCCCUACCCCUCUCCAAGCCCUGGACUCAAUCACCCAUCGCCUGUCUAAGCUAGGGCCGCAGGAGGACACCUACUACUGCCCUCUCAACUCCCUCUCCAGCCUGCCCCCUCCACAGACUCUGAGUUCGGGGGGAUCUGGGGGCGAGAUGGGGUCCUGGGGGCGGCAGCCGCCCUCCUCCCAGAUUCCCUGUGAAUCCGACGAUAGUCUGGGAUACCUGCGCUAUUCUUCUUCAGACCCGUCCUUUCCCAGCGACCCCAGCGAGGACUGCAGCCGAGCUCUGCUGCCCCCUGAACUCCCCAGGCACUGCGGACCACGCUGUGCUGAGAAGACUGACGCGUCACAAAGCAGCUCUCGGUCAGACAUGGCCAGUGAGAAGAUUGUGAUGAAUGCGGCCAAGCAGCGUUUUGUCCAGAAGAUGGCGAUGUACGAAGAGGGCAGGAUUCCUAUGUCGGUUCUACUUUCCUCCGAACUCUCUUCUUGCGGUGACUCGUGCAAUCAAAGUCGAGAACCAGAGGAGAGCGAGUUUGAGAGCAUUCCAGGGGAGAAAUUCAAUUAAGUUACCAACAUGCAGAAAUUCAAUUAAGCGCACAAAAAUAAAUGAUUCCAGUUCAACUAUAAACAUUACACACAUUCUGUAUAGAUGCAAUGCACACAGAGUGUAUUUUGUUGUGUGAAUUCUGUGUUGCGGCCUUUGUCUAUAAACACAUUUGAGCAAUGUACUAUGGGACUGCUGGCUCUGGCUGCAAAGUCUCAGGAACCAAAUCGAUAUUCUUAAUUCUGUUUCUACAAUUCUUUUCGGCCUUUUUGGGAUAUUAUAUUAGUCAGUAUUGGAUGAAUACAAGUGUUGUGUGAAAAGAAGCUAGUUAAUUACUUUGUUGGGCGAACUUGCACACAAACCUUUAAAACUAAAUCAAAGUUCUCAAAACCAGAUGUUGUUUACAAGCCUUUAUAAAGUUGUGGAAGUCAUUUCAUGUGGCACAGUGUUGUUACCAAAUAAUUAGGUACCCCUACUCCGAAACCAUGUUUGCGUGUUAUACACUGCAUGGUACACCAGUUGGUCUUUUAACCAAGUGUCGUAUGAUGGACUCUGGUAUGAUGGUUUCUGAAGUAAAUAAGGUACUAUUACAAAUGACUGUCCCACAAAUUGUUACAUUAUUUAUUUGCAUUUCUUCGUUUUUUUUUGGUUUUUUAUCUCUGGGUGACUUGUAUAAUUUUAAUUUUUCAUUCAGUAUUUUAUGCUUUGAGGAUUUGGGAUUUUAGGAUGUGUGCCUUAACCUUUAAAUAGUGUUAGACAAAUGGCCCUGUUAAUAAGAAACAAGUGUGAUGCUUUCAUAACAUGUGAUCUCUCACAAGUGUAAUUUAAUUACAGUGUCAUGCCGUUCCAUGUGAGAACAAAAAUCUAAGCCCAGUAAACUGUUAUGCAACUUGUGAUUUCAAAUAGCUUUGCAGUAUCCUGGGGUAAUCUCAAUAGUUGCUGGUACUAAUUUUAAAAUAAAAUAGUUAAGACUGGCUCUAUUGCUUACAUACUUGUUUCUCUGGUCCUGAUGCUUAAUGAGUACCAACAAACCCCUUAAAACCGCUAACAACGUGAGGCUACUGUUUUACAGAAAGGCAGCAUUGUAGUUUCUCUAGGUAUCCUCUUUUGUAUCUUGGGCUCAACAGUAUCCACAUUAAGGAUUUGAUUACUUGGCCAUAUAAGUGAAGAUCAGUUGCCAUGCCGUGUAAAUGUGGCAUGUAAAGUGAGUUACAGGUGAUGAUCAUGGGGUGUAUGAAAGUGCAACAUGACAAAUUAAAUACAGUUUAUAUAAGUAGCUACUACUAAGAAUGAUAUCUCUAAAUACCUCCCAAGUGUGUUUACCAUUUUCCAACUAAAAUUAGCUGCCUUUUUUCUUCUUUUCCUUCAACUGGUAUUUUAAAUUAUUGAACACCUACAAUAAUUUGGUUAUUUAUUGAAAAGGUUGGACACUACAAAUUUAUGUUCAAUUUUUAGAUGGUAAAAUGUCAUUGUUCUGUUGCAUUUCAAUGUUAAUUAAUUUCACUCUGCUUGUCUGGUUAUAAGAUGAGUAUACUGUAGGAUCCAAAACUUGACCUUCAUUAAGCUUCCAUUGUAAACCGCACAUUGGUCUCAAUCAGUUUCCAUUAAUUUUGUUUUAUUUUAAAAGUGACAAUCACUUGAUUAAUCACAAUGCUUUGUCUUAACUGCGUCUCUGGGUAUUAUCGUCCUCCAGGUCACACUGACAAUGUAAAUAACAAUGUAGGGGUUCAGAGGAAAAAAUCUAUUGAAUAAUUGAAAAGAAUAGGCUGCACCUUUACGGUUAGCUCCUUUAUUACUGCAAAGGUUUGAGAGAGCCUAGCAAACAAAGUUAGAGAAAGUGUGGAGAAUACUCGGGUGCCAGAUAUUUCAUCCAUGCCAAAUUUGCACUGAUCGGAAAAAAGGGUAUUUCUUUUUAAGGCUAUUUGUUCCAAUAACACUGAAUUUCAUUCAUUCUUUAUCAUCAACCAUAACCUACAUUUCAAAGUGGAGGAAAACUAACCAUGAUCACUGCUGUGUAUUGCUAUGUACAAUGUCUGGUAGGUCAUUUGUGUCGUCUAUGAUGUAGCCAGAUCUAUAGUGACACUACUGUAUGCUGAUUGGUUUAAAAAUUUGAUUGACUGAGUUUGUCCUAUAGCUACAUGGCUAAUGUUGGAGCCGAGAAUUCAGCCUGGCCCAGGUGUUUGAGACAACUGGCCGUCUUGGGUGAUGAUAUAGCCCACUGUGUUAUGACUGGAGAUACGGAUAUCGAACUUCGAUAAAAAAUGCAGAUUCAGUCCUGCUUACUGCAAUCAAUCAAAUGCAUCUCCCAAGAUCAUUGCAAGUCUCAUAUACACCAUUCACUUUCUGCCCCACUUCUGCUGCGCAUGGGCUACAUAUCAUUAUAAUGUUACUUUAAAACCCUCUCAUUGGGAAAACAUAAUAAAGUCUUCACCCUACUUUCAAA